CAUUCAUGUACUUUUUAAAGCAAAAUAGUAAAACAUUACAAUUUUUUACAGCAAUAGUACACACCAUUUCUAAAACCUAAACUUUUUCUAUCUGUACAUUGUUUGUACUCAUUCUAAAGACAUAUAAAUAGUACUACUCACUAUAGUGACUAGAUGCAACUCAUCCUUCUCCACAUCUACUCAUGUCUUAAGGCUAUCCACAGAAACCUAACACAAAGCCUUUGAACUUCAAAGAAAUUGCCAUGGUUUGAUCCAUUAGUACUAUACACAAACCAAAAUGAAAAAAAACAUAUUUUUUUCUUUGAUUCUAGCUUUAUUUACAAAUCUAAACCCACCCCAUUUUGCAGAAUCUUCAUCUGAUUACACUACAUUGAUCUACAAAGGUUGUUCAAAAGAGACUUUCACAGAUCCAAAUGGAUUAUACUCCCAAACACUUUCAACACUCUUUGGUUCACUAGUUUCACAAUCCACCAAAACAAAAUUCUAUAAAACCACUUCUGGUAGUGGCCAAAACAGCAUAACAGGUUUGUUUCAAUGUAGAGGAGAUCUCACCAAUUCCGAUUGCUACAACUGUGUAAACAAGCUUCCAAUUUUGUCCAACAAACUAUGCGGCAAAACCAUAGCCGCAAGAAUUCAACUACUAGGUUGCUAUCUACUCUAUGAAGUUGUUGGUUAUGUUCAAAUAUCAGGUAUGCAGAUGCUGUACAAGACCUGUGGUGCAACGAAUGUUGCUGGAAGUGGUUUUGGAGAGAGAAGAGACACUGCUUUUUCUGUGAUGGAAAAUGGUGUGGCUAGUGGUCAUGGUUUUUAUACAACUAGCUAUAUGGCUUUUUAUGUUUUGGGACAAUGUGAAGGUGAUGUUGGUGACUCUGAUUGUGGACAGUGUGUGAAAAAUGCUGUUCAGAAAGCUCAAGUUGAAUGUGGUUCCUCAAUUUCAGGCCAAGUCUUUUUGCAUAAGUGUUUUAUUAGUUUUAGCUAUUACCCUAAUGGAGUUCCAUCUAGAUCAUCUCAAUCUUCAUACUCCUCAUUUUCUUCAGGGCAAAAUCCAGGGAAAACAGCUGCUAUAAUACUAGGAGGAAUUGCUGGAGUGGCUUUUCUAGUUAUAUUCUUGUUAUUUGCUAGAAGUUUGAGAAAGAAACACAGUGAUUAUUGACAGAAGAAGCAGAAAAUGACUUCUGAGAAGCCAAAGUUAUCUUCUGAUAAGUUUUUUCCUUACAUUUUUAUGGUGAAUAGAGCUUGAUGGAUUUAGGACAGAAAUAAUAUAAAGUGCUUCAAAGUAAUGAUUGUUGUACUAAAUGUUGAGAAGGGUUAGCAGUAUUAUUUGUCAUCAUUAGUGAACGAAAUUUUGGGUCAUACCAUAUUUGUUGUUGAGCCAUGUGGUUAAUUAUCUUCUGCAUUCUUCUCCUA